CUCGCUCUCUCUCUCUCUCUCUCUCUCUCUCUCCGUGACCUAGACACAUAACACCGCUCCGAGAGCACAAACAAAGCUGUCUCUUCGAAUCUUCUGAAACCAUUCUUGCACUCCCAAGAAACACACACAUCCAUGGAAGAAGAAACUAAUAAGCCUGCCCAAACUACACCACCACCAACCCAAAUCCCAGUUCCAAACACACCCCAAAACCUCCCUCCUCAACCUCCUCCAUCCACGGAACAACCUCAACCUCCCCAAACAUCUCAAAACCCAGAUCCAAACACAACCCAAAACCCCCCAAAUACAAACCCACCAAACCCAUCUCAAAAUCUCACUCCUCAACCAAUGGAAGAAUCUGAAACUGCCCAAACUACAUUACCUACUCAAAACCCAAUUCCAAACCCACCAAACAUAACCCAAAAUCUCCCUCCUCCUCAUCUUCCUCCUUUGCCUCAAAAGAACAACAAGCGACCUCUUGACCAAAAUGGGCAUAUUCAGAACUCCAAGUACUUCAAGAUGCGAGCUGUUCUGAAGGACCUUCGUCCCCAUUUCAUUGAGGUUCUCCGGACUCCUGUCUUUCACAAUUGCAAGGCAGCUCAUGAAAUUCGAGAACAGAUGAAGCUUUUGAUGGAUCUAUACAAAGAGAUGACGGCAGAAACAAUCUCCACAGACAAGUUUAAGAAUGUUCCGGAAGGUCCUUUGUCGGGCGAAAUCCAAUAUGGGCAAAAGCAUAAUCACCAAUACGCUAAGCCGACUGAGCAGCCUUCGGCCCCUGUCCUAUUGGGAACUAUAUCCGACAAGCAGACUCAAGGGACUUACAUUGUCGGAGGAUCGGCUUUUGGUUGGAAUUUUGUCACUUACCCUGGUAGCAAAUCAGUCUACUAUGGCAGAACUAAGGAAAUGUUUAGGUCUGCAAAUGUAGUAAUUCCUCAAGAAAACCCCAAUUUGACCUAGGAUUCUCUCUCUCUCUCUCUCUCUCUCUCUCUCUCUUCACCCCUGUUGAGUGUAAGACUAUUAGUUCACCCCAUGUUAUAUAGAUGGGGAUUUACAUAGGUGGUUAUAUCAUCAACUGUAAGGGGGUGGAAAUUUGUAUUGAAAUCAAUGUUGAAACUGGUUUUAAUGUUCAGAUCAGGUUGUGUUGUCAUGUUGCCUA